CCGCUGUCCACAAAAUGCAUACUAACGACAUGGCCCCUGCAUCAUCAGUGCAUAUUCCUAGUCCUCUGGUUAUACUGUUAGCCAUCCUCCUCCUGUUGUCGACAACACUAGCAGACUACAGCACCAAUACGAGCAGAGAUGCUCUGCUCUGCCUCAAGUUCCACCUCCACGGUGCCUCCACAGCCAUGGCCACAUGGAACCACACCACCGCACCAGAUUUUUGCACCUGGCACGGCGUCUCGUGCACAAGGAGCAGGCCAAGGCAACCACCCCUCGUCGUGGCCCUGGACAUGGAGGCGGAAGGCCUCGCCGGUGAGAUCCCACCCUGCAUCUCCAACCUCACUUCUUUGGUAAGAAUCCAUUUGCCCAACAACAGCCUCUCCGGUAAUAUCCCACCGGAACUUGGGCGGAUCUCCGGACUCCGGUACCUCAACCUCAGCUUCAACGCACUAAGCGGCACCAUCCCGCUCAGCAUCGGGACGCUUCACAACCUUUCUUCUCUAGACUUAGGAAACAAUCGACUCUCUGGUGAGAUUCCGUCGCGACUCGGGAGCUCACCAGCUCUAGAGUCCGUCAGUCUCCCCAACAAUCUUCUUGGCGGAGAAAUCCCACAGUCGCUGGCAAAUAGUUCCUCGUCCCUUACCACACUCUUGCUUGCACAAAACCAGUUGCAAGGAUUCAUUCCUGAUUUUGGUAAACUCUCAAGACUAGAAAUGCUUGAUCUCUCCUACAACAACCUAGUAGGGACAGUGCCACGCUCCAUUUUCAAUUCGUCGGCGUUGUACUUUCUUGGGCUGGCCAACAAUAAUCUUGGAGGAACACUGCCUUCUGACAUGGGUAACACACUUCCUAACAUCGAAAUACUGAUGAUGUCCGACAAUCAUUUUGAGGGAGACAUCCCCGCCUCACUACAAAAUGCCUCCAGCAUGACGUAUAUCCAUCUGGGCAACAACUCUCUUACUGGGGUGAUCCCUUCCUUCAGCUCCAUGCCAAACUUGAAGUACGUAAUGUUGUACUCAAAUCAGCUAGAGGCUGGAGACUGGACAUUCUUCUCCUCUUUGGCAAAUUGUACGCAGUUGGAAAAUCUAAAUGUGGAUACAAACAACUUGCGUGGGGCCUUACCAGAAGAUUCCAUAACGAAUCUGCCAAAAAGCUUGACCGCUCUAACUCUAAGUUCAAACAACAUAUCUGGCAUCAUCCCAUUGGAGAUUGGAAACAUGUCUAAUCUUUCCAUGCUCUAUCUUGAUAGAAAUCUUUUCAUGGGGCCUAUACCUGAUACCCUUGGUCAGCUACGCAAUCUGGUUGUACUUAGCCUUUCACAGAACAAAUUUACCGGGGAAAUACCACCUUCCCUUGGCAGCCUAAUUCAACUAGAAGAGCUUUAUUUGCAAGAAAAUCAAUUGAGUGGAAGCUUACCUGAAAGUUUAAGCAGCUGCAAGAAUUUGUUGGCCCUAAACAUUUCCUGUAAUACCAUUGGUGGAAGCAUAAGCGGACACAUGUUGGCCAGGUUGAAUUCAUUGAGUUGGCUACUUGAUUUAUCACACAACCAACUCGCAAUGUCCAUACCACAAGAGAUGGGUAACUUGAUAAACCUUGGUUCGUUGAACAUCUCUCACAAUAAUCUCACGGGUAGAAUCCCGUCCACUCUUGGCGAGUGUGUCCGGCUGGAAUCACUUCGCUUGGAAGGGAACCUCCUGCAAGGAAGAAUUCCACAAUCACUAUCAGGCCUCAAAGGCAUCCAACAGUUAGAUUUUUCCCACAACAAUCUAUCUGGUACAAUCCCGGAGUUCCUCGAGACCUUCACCUCGUUACAGUACCUGAAUAUGUCCUUCAACAACUUGGAAGGGCCAGUUCCCACAGGUGGAGUGUUUGCUAACAAAAGUGGUACUUUUGUCCAAGGAAACCCACGCCUUUGUGCAAACGUAGCCGUAGAAGAGUUGCCUAUGUGCUUUGCUUCGGCGUCCACAAAAAAGCAAAAGGUUGUCAUUCCAAUGAUGAUAGCUCUCUCAGCUCUUGUUGCCCUUGCUUUUAUCUUGGGGAUGUUCAGUUUCUGGUUGAAGAGGAGGUAUACAUCUAGUGAGAGAAUUGGCCAUUCACACAUGGAGCUGAAAAGGAUAACAUAUGGUGACGUCAACAAAGCAACGAAUACUUUUUCUCCGGCCAACCUAGUCGGUUCCGGGCAAUUUGGUAUAGUCUACAAAGGUUGGUUCGACGUGGAAGAUGGUACGGUUGCUGUUAAAGUCUUCAAGCUCAACCAGCAUGGCGCAUUGCAUAGCUUCAUUGCUGAGUGCAAAGCAUUGCAACACAUCCGCCACCGGAAUCUCGUGAAGGUAAUAACUGCGUGCUCAACUUAUGACCCAGUGGGAAAUGAGUUCAGGGCUCUAGUCUUUGAAUAUAUGUCCAACGGAAGCCUUGAAGACCGACUUCAUAACCACCAGUGUGGUGGCUUGAGUUUAGGCGCAGUGAUAUGCAUAUCAGUUGACAUUGCUUGUGCUCUUGAAUACCUACAUAACCAGUGCAUCCCACCGGUUGUUCACUGCGAUCUGAAACCAAGCAACAUACUUUUCGACAAUGACGAUAGUGCACGUAUCUGCGACUUUGGUUUGGCAAAGCUAAUUCAUGGUUGUUCAUCUGGAGGGCAGAGCGGCACAACAAGCAUAGUUGGACCAAGGGGGUCUAUUGGGUACAUACCUCCUGAGUAUGGUAUGGGCAGUGAAAUCUCCACUGAGGGAGACAUCUAUAGCUAUGGCAUUGUUCUUUUGGAAAUGCUAACACGGAAACGGCCCACUAAUGAAGAGUUCAGUGAUGGCUUGACACUCCCCAAGUAUGUAGAAGAAUCACUUUCACGAACCCAAGACAUUCUUCAACCCAGCCUUGCUUCGGAGACGGGAGAUCAGUGUGCUGAUCAUAUCCCAAACUUGCAAGAAUGCAACACAUUUGCGCUGAAGGAUAUAUGUGCUCUCCGUCUCCUUAAACUUGGCUUAUUAUGCUCUGCGGAAUCACCGAAGGAUCGCCCAGCGAUGCAUGAUGUCUACGGUGAAGUAACUGAAGUAAAAGAGGCAUUUUUCUCUAUGGACAACGGAAGCAAUGACCUUACAUAAUUAAGGCAAAGGUGGUCGAUGAAGAUGAAGCUCGUUGCUUCGACCACAACAUGACAAUAUGUUGCUACUCCCUCUGUCCCAUAAUAUAAGAGCAUUUUUGACACUACACUAGUGAGGGACUAUCUUUUUUCCUUUUCUAUGAGCCAAUAAGUUUCGCUCACUGUAAUAAUUCGGUUACAUACCUCCCAAUUUCUCGACGAGGUCUUCUGAGAUUCUUCUCAUGUAUUAAAAAAGCGCCCUUUGCCUUAUAAUGAUGGGUUCUACUGGGGGUAUUUUUGAUAUUUGCUUUGCUGGAGAAACUAGAAGACUAACAAAAACACAUUGUAUGCACCUAUUAGAUCCCCAUGUAAACAAAUACUACCUCUGUAAACUAAUAUAAGACCUUUUAAUAAAUAGUAAAUACAGUUGGAAUUGUAAAGCUCAUUUUCCAGUUCACCUCUCGCUGCUACGAACUUGUAAAUUUUUUAUCAUUUUGUGACCUAGACAAAAACUUUCGAGAUACAAAUGAAUAGCCAUAGAGUUGUCUUUUUCGUACAAGUAAUAUUUCACAACAUAUAGCCCAAUUUACAACCAUGAAUUAGUUCACUUUUUUUGGGAACUGAAAACAAAUAGUACUGGGGUGACAGAAUUACUUUCCCCUGUGCAUGAGGUCAAAUUUAUCUCAAAAUGAAGACCUGUAGUAGAACUAGGAAAAACUUGAAACCUAAGUAUAACCAUGACAUGUCUGGCAGUUUCAAAUUAAAACCAUGUCGUAAACUGCAAAAGGAUUGGCUGAACUAAUCUGCAAUCUCAAGUUUUCCAUAUACUUAGGUUGACUGGUCAUACAUUUGAGAUCAUCGGUUGCUGCAGACCAAGGUUGCAACCACACCAAAAUGAUGUAUCAAAUCACCAGACAAGCACUCUUACACAACACAUACCAAAAAGAAAAGACGCAAAAUGAUAAAUCACGCAUUCCUGGCCGCAUGUGCAUCAAUUUCUAACAUUGGCUUCCACAUUUGGCAUAGCGGUCACCCAAGAGCCU